UACCAACCCAAAAUGGUAAAUACCAUUUUCAUUUGGUUAUUCGCUUGAAUUUGAUUAAUGCCUUGUACCUAAACCUAUACAAACUUUUAUAUUUCAUGACUUUUUGUAAAUUUGCGAAUAUUUCUGGCUAAGCGGUCACUUGAAAUGGAUAAUUUGAAAAACAACAGGAAUUUUUAUGAAAUCGAUAAACCGUCGUGUGCUAAACGGAGACUCCACACUAAAAACAGAAGUGUGGAAAAUGAUGGAACCUCAAUGUAUCACUCUCAAGGGAAAGUUGAAACCUGUAGAGACCAGUUGAAGUGCAGUCAUUGCAACUAUCUUUUUCGUAGUAAAUAUCUUCUAGAUAAACACCUGGAAGUACACAAUAAUGGAAAUGACAUCAACCAUUGGUGUGUGGAGUGUAACACAGCAUUUAAAAAAAAGACAUGUCUAGAUGAACACAUAAUUCAGAUACAUCCUAAUCUGAUCACCUCCUUGCCACCCACAAUGCAUGCAUGCACAUAUUGUGAUUUUAAAACAAUUUUUAAAGCUUCUUUAGUGAAACAAACGCUGAACCAUCCUCAAUAUUGGUCAAGUCUGAAAAUGCAUCGUAACAAAACAUCUUCUAGCAAGGAGAGUUUGGAUAAUCAUUCCAUUGAAUAUCGUCAUAUAAUGCUUCAGAAAAAGACAUACCAUUGUGAAAUAUGUGACUAUAAAACUCUGCAAAAAAGGAAAUUAGAUUCUCAUAAUAGAAACAUGCAUUCUUCGAGUUUUAACAUACCUGUAUAUUCUUGUAAUUACUGUGAUGAAAAUUAUAAUCAUCAAAGGUCAUUAGAUGAUCAUAUUGUUAAAAUUCAUCCAGAAUCCAGCUCUACGAUUACCAGCAUUCUGCAUAAAUGCUCUAGUUGCUCUUACACAUCUACUUUUAGAGGUAAUUUAGAUCGACAUCUUAAAAGAUGUAAAAUAUUAUCUAACAAAGAUGUAUCUGAAAACCUCAUGUGUAAAUGUGAUUGUGGUUAUGUAACAACUGAUAGGAAUAUGUUUUACAGACAUAUGUCAACUCAUCUACUGACCAUUGAAGAUAUUAAAUCUACCAUUUGUAUUUUCUGUAAUCUUGAAUUUAAAUCGACAUACUUUUUAGAUGAACAUAUACUGAAUAACCAUCCGCAUUACAUUGCUUGUAUUACCAGUCAAGUGUAUGAAUGCAUAUAUUGCCCUUAUAAAACCCUUAAAAAUUUUCGUUUUAAUCAUCAUAUUCGUUUUAAACAUUCUGAAGAAGAAUCAUUUUGUAAGUCUGGAAAACGUGUUCACCUUACUUAUACAAAAAAUACCUGUUUGGAUGAGUAUGAAGGGUACAGGGUAAAAACGAGUGAUAUACACGGUAGCCCAAAGUGAAAACAGGCCAAACAUUUUUUAAUGGAAAAUCCUUUUUAUUUUUGUAUUUGCAGAUUCUCCUUAUGAUUUUAAACAUUUUUUAUAUGUUAACGUCCAUGCCUGAAUUGAACUUUUUUUGAAAUAUUGAGCCCAGAAAUGAGCCUUUCGUCAUAUGCAACACACUGUAAAAUCUAAGGGUUGAUUAACCAGCAAAAUGCCUAUCUUAGAUUUUACAAUCUGUACCAAUAUGGGAACUACCUGAACAGGAAAUUUAUUACCCGAACUGUCAUUCACAAAACAUCUGUCACUGUUUUGUGUGUUUCCGAUACCCCCAUCGGAUUGUACUUCGUUAAGACUACGUGUUGCCGGUUCUAACUACUAAUCAGCAAAUUUGUGAGACAUCUAAAUACAUUGUGUCAAUUCAAAAUUGUACGCUCCAACUGAAAGUAGAUCAUCAUUUAUUCCAGAUGUGCAUUUUAUAAAAACUGUGGUAACCAUAUAUUUAAACAGUUAAGUUGUAUACAGAGUGUCUCAGAAUGACAUGUUAAUUACCACCACCAUGUGAGGUCCCAGCUAUUCGCUCAACUGUUAGUGGUGGAGCCUAAGAGGCUAAACGGGAAGCUACUCGAUGUCUUAGAGCAGUGGUUCCUAACCUUUUCAAUGUCACUACCCCUGUGAACAAGUAUGGGAAUUGAGUUUACCCCUAGCCAAUUUAAAAUAAUUAAAACCACACAAAUUCGAACGAAAAUAUGUUUAUUAUCUAACUAAAUUCUAAGAAAUUGCACGUUUAGGUAACUAGUAAAGUAAAGUAAUAUGUAAAUCUUGGAGUUAACUAGUGUGAAGGUUGAAAUUGCUUUGCAUUCGCAAGUUUGACAAUAUUAGGUUCGGUUUCACUCAACGCGCAUCUCAUG